AUGAAAGGACCUUCUGAUAAUUUAUCGCCUGUUUCUCCCUCCUCUCUUACAGUAGAUGAUUUCCAAUUGUUGCGAGUGAUUGGCCGAGGAUCGUUCGGCAAAGUGUUGCUGGUUCGUGGGAAACGCGACAAACGCGUGUAUGCUCUGAAGAUCUUGCUGAAAUCGCAUGUGGUUGCGAAGAAUCAAGUGGAGCAUACAAAGAGUGAACGAAAGAUUUUGGAGGAAAUGGACUAUCCGUUUUUGUGUAAGUUGGAGUUUGCCUUUCAAACAGACGAUAAGCUCUAUCUGGGAAUGCCUUUUCUCUCUGGAGGGCCUCUAUUCAACCAUCUUCAACAGUGCCGACGAUUUACAGAGGAUCGAGCGCGUUUCUACUGUGCGGAAGUCGUGUUGGGAAUUGGCUAUCUGCACAAGCAUAAUAUCAUUUACAGAGAUAUGAAGCCUGAGAAUUUGCUAUUGGAUCGAGAAGGACAUGUUGUGAUUACCGACUUUGGAUUAUCAAAACGCACUACAGAGAAUCGAUUGCAGUACCAAACGAUUUGUGGAACUCCGGAAUAUGUGGCUCCUGAAGUGUUGUCGGGAAGUCCCUAUGGUCAAUCGGUUGAUUGGUGGAGUGUGGGAACGCUGCUGUAUGAGAUGAUUGCUGGUUAUCCACCGUUUUAUGAUAAAAACCGAAAGUCGAUGUUUACGAAGAUUAUCAAUGGGAAGUUGCGAUUUACUCCCUUCUUUAGCAUUCAAGCAUGCAACAUCAUCACAUGCCUUCUCGAUCGACACCCUCAAACGCGACUGGGAGGAGGACCAAGCGAUGCAGAAGAAGUGAAAAAGCACCCGUUCUUUGCGGGAAUCGAUUGGGAAGCUUUAGAACGAAAGGAAGUUCCGUCUCCCUGGAAGCCUUGUGUCCAUGGAGAAACAGACACGACGUAUUUCAAUCACAAGUAUACCAUAGCUGACAUCGAUGAAGAACCAAGUGUUGUAGUUGUGUUAUUGAGGUGUGAAAUAGACAAUGAAUACAUCGAAUUUGCCCAAUUUUCCAGAUUUUACGUACCAAAAUCCUCGUUCCAAGUCUCCUUUUUGUUACAAACACAAUCAUACCAUUCUAAUUCUUCUUAUUCUUCUUCCUCCAUUUUCGUAUCUUCUUCGCCAUCCUCUUCUUUUCCAUUCUCUUCAUUCGCUUCCUCCACUUCCAUUUCCUUCUGCAUCGCUUCCCACUGCUGUCUACGAAUCUCGUAA